CAAAGUCUCUCCAGACUGCUGUGUUUUCAUGUCAAGGUUGUUCUGAUGAGUUGAGUUGUAUAGGCAGGAAUUCCAGCACUUUCCGGACUAUUCUUUAAUGGUUUGUGAAUAGCUCGGCGGAUCAGGCUUUAUUUGAAUCUUUUCAAAGGUUUAGGGAGCCUCCUAUCCCGGUGAGAGGCUUUGCCGACAUAUGUCUCCUCACUGGAUCCCCUUUAGUGCUUUGCUGGAGUGCUGGGGCAUGUUUUCAGACUCUCUCUCUCUCUUUCUCUCUCUGUCUCUCUCUCUGUAGGAAUUUGAAGAGCAUGCUGAGAGUUUGGAUGCUCAGUCUGAAUGCUGUUUAAUACUAUCACUGCCACCUCUGGGAAUAACUGUCUUGACUGCAUGUGUGUGAGUGUGUACUUAUCUUUUCCUUGGAGGAGUCAGUGAAGAGCUCUUGCUAAAAGAACAACUUUGUGAGGGUGUUUUCUGCUUUUCCUUCACUUGUCCUUAUCUGCUGGCUGGGAUGAGGGGGCUUAGGAGCCUUAUUGUCGGGCUCCUGUCGGCCUUCUUCUCCACUGCCUUUGGUCUUUAUUUCCCUCCUCACGUGGAGCAGCUGCCGACCAUCACCGCUCAGACCUCAGGCUCUUUCAUUGCCUUGCCAUUUGAUGAGAACUUCCUGUUCAAGUGUGAAGCCAAAGGCAACCCAAGACCUACAUACCGCUGGACAAAAGAUGGAAUGGAUUUUGACCCGCAUAAAGACCCUCGCGUCAUUAAAGAAGAAAGUAGUGGUACCUUUAUGAUACCCAACACUAAAGGGAAAGUGAAAUACCAGGGAAAAUACAGAUGUUAUGCUUCAAACAAGCUCGGAACUGCAAUAUCAGAGGAAUCAGAAUUUAUCGUGCCUGUGGUACCCAAGUUUCCCAAGGAGAAGACAGAGCCAGUGGUGGUCACAGAAGGCGAUUCGGUGGUUUUGGAGUGUGACCCGCCACAAGGAACGCCACCUUGGCAGAUGUACUGGAUGACCAAUGAUCUUCGACACAUUGAGCAGAAUGAGAGGGUGUCCAUGGGCCUCAAUGGGAAUCUGUACUUCUCUAAUACACUGGUGACAGAUAGCCACGAUGACUACUGCUGUUUUGCCUCCUUUUCCAGGAUACGCACAAUCGUUCAGAAACCCCCCAUGGCCCUGAGGGUCAAGCCAAGCCAGGGGGAUGAUGACAUCACUGGUGUUCAGAAGAGAAAGCCGAACAUUUUGGUGCCCUCCAGUCAUUCAACGACAUACCUAAAAAAAGGAGAAGAGCUGGAGCUGGAGUGUAUCGCAGAAGGACUGCCUACACCGGUGGUAGAAUGGAUCAAGAUGUUGGACAGCUUACCGAAGCGUACACAAAUCAAGAACUAUGGAAAGCUUCUGACUAUACCAAACCUCACAGAUCAGGAUGAAGGGAAAUACAUGUGCAAAGCCAAGAAUGAUCUUGGUGAAGCUGUGCAUCAUUUUCACGUUAUUGUGGAGGAGCCACCCAGCUGGCAGGAGGAGCCAGUGAAGAGUCAGUUAGCAGAGAUUGGAUCUGACAUCCACAUCAAGUGUUCUGCUAAAGGAAAACCACAACCCACAAUCACCUGGAAGAGGAAUGGCCAGCCUCUUGAUGAUUUUCCUUCUACCAAUUACAAAAUGCUCGAUGACAGAAUAAUCAUCCUCAGAGCAGAGCAGAAAGACACUGCAGUGUACCAGUGUGAGGCCUCCAACAAGCACGGGACCCUGCUUGUCAACACUAACGUGCUUGUCAUGAAUCAUCCCCCUUUGAUUCUGACGCCGAAUUAUCUGGAGUACGCGACCAUGUUAGACAAGAGUGUGAUUAUGGACUGCAAAGUCUUUAGUUCACCACCUGCCACCAUUAACUGGAGAAGAGAAGACCCAGAGGGCUCUCUAGAUGGAGAGAGAUAUUCUCUCCUGAAGAAUGGCUCCCUGCAGAUUCACAAAGUCGAGAUGGAAGAUAUGGGCCAGUACAAAUGUUUGGCAAACAACUCCGAAGGCACCAUGAGCCUCACCACUGAACUUUUCAUUAAAGAUUCAACGAGGAUCGUCAAACCUCCUCAAGACAUGAAGGUCAAAAGAGGAUCAAUAGCAGAGCUGGAGUGCCAGGUGGAGUGCGAUCCCACCCUCAGAAGAGAGCUGGAGAUCUUGUGGAUGAAAGAUGGGAUGAAUAUCCUUUCAAACUUCUCUGAAGGAUAUUUCACAGAUGAUGGAAUUCUCCAGAUUGUCAAUGUGAGCCACAGUGAUCAAGGGAAUUACACCUGUGUUGUUCGAACAUCACUGGACCAAGAUACAGCUUCUGCAUUCAUAACUGUGUUAGAUGUCCCAGAUCCACCAGUUCAACUGAAACUCACUGAUCUCAAAGACCGCAGUGUGAGGCUCCAAUGGGUGGCUGCCAGCGAUCAUAACAGUCCCAUAACAGAGUUCAUCAUCCAGUAUGAAGAGAACCACUGGGAGCCAGAGAAGUGGAAGGAGAUUCUACGAGUCGCAGGCAGCCAGUUCUCUGCCCCCUUGACGCUCUACGGCCAUAUUAACUACCAGUUCAGAGUCAUCGCUGUUAAUGCCAUUGGGAGAAGCCGUCCCAGCAUGCCCUCCGAAAGAUAUAAGACACCUCCCUGUGCUCCCGACAGGAACCCAGAAAACAUUAAGAUUGAGGGUCACCUGCCACAUCAGAUGGACAUCAGCUGGGAGCCGCUCUUGCCUGUGGAGCACAACGGACCCAGUCUGGAAUACAAACUGAGCUACAGGCUCCUGGGUGUCGAGGACAGUUGGAAAGAACAGAUGGUGAAGAGACACUCAUUUGUGGUGCGAGACACCCCAACAUUCGUCCCCUAUGAGGUCAAGAUCCAGGCUUUCAACCGUCACGGGUGGGCACCAGAGCCCAGAGUAGUGACUGGUUAUUCCGGAGAAGACUUGCCCUUGGCUGCUCCUGAAGACGUAUCUGUGGAGGUGUUGAACUGUACGAUGCUGAGGGUCAGCUGGUCACCGGUGCCCCAAUCCACCUUGAGGGGCCAUCUUGGUGGAUACACUGUGCACUGGUGGCAAACUCAAAGUCUGUUGACCUCUAAGAGAAUUCCCUCAGAGAGACAGUCUCUCACCAUCUCUGGAAACAGGAGUCACACCAUGGUGCCGGGACUGAAGCCAUUCUCUGAAUAUAGCCUGACUGUCAACGUCUUUAACCGGAGAGGGAAUGGGCCCAGCAGCAGUCCCAUCUCUUUCACAACUCCACAGGGAGUUCCCGAGCAACCUCCCAUCCUGAGAGCCACAAACUUUCAGAAAGACUCCAUCACGCUGGUGUGGGCCCCUCCGCAUGAAACCAAUGGCUUUCUCACGGGAUACUUGCUGCAAUAUCAGACAGGUAAUGAGACUCUGGGUGAGCUGAAAUCUGUGAACAUCAGUGCACCAGAUACAACACAGUGGGUCUUGCGUGAUCUGCAGGAGGACAACUGGUAUAAGUUCUACCUGAGUGCAUGCACACAGGUGGGCUGCGGGUCAGCCAUCAGUGAGGAAGGAGGCACCGUCUCUGAGGCGUUUGCAAUGCCCGAACAUUCAUUUCCUGAAGUUUCUACAGUCUCAGCUGAAACUUCAACAGAGAACUAUGAUCUGUCAACAUCUGAGGUGACAUCUUUUGAGCUGAUUGUGCUCAACAUAUCCACCUUUGUAACUGACACCUAUGCAAGAAUCAGCUGGAGAACCAGAGGAGAACAUUCUGAUUCACAACUCUAUGUUGCCAUAAUGAAUCACAGUGAUGGUAUCUGGCAGCUUUCAGAGGCUUUAAAUACAUCUAAAGGUUUCCAUCUCGUUGAAGGGCUCAGCCCAGGAACUGUGUACACAGUCCGGCUGCAGGCUUCACACAGGGUUGAUGUCCCUAGCAUUUUUGAAGAGGUUUUCAAGACCAGGAAAGUGCCUAGUAAACAACUCACGGCAUCCCAGGAGUGGUUUGUGGUGAUGAUGUGCACGGUGGCAUUACUAACGCUGCUUGUCCUUAUCGGCUGUUUUGUGCUCAAGAACAAAGGCGGCAAGUACGCAGUGAAGGAAAAGGAGGAAACUCCCGCUGAUCCCGAAGCUUACGCCAUGGGGGAAGAAUCGCCUUGCGAGUACAGUGACAAUGACGAGAAGCCGCUGAAGAGCAGCCAUCAAUUGUUCACAGACAUCAAAGCGGAUGAUAGCAGUGAGGACAGCUCUGUGAUGUCAGAGGACGACGACUGCGAGUUCAACGAAGACGGGUCAUUCAUCGGCGAGUACUCGGGGUAUAAGCGUAGGGUGUCCACAGAGGUGAACGGACAUGCCCCGGUGACUUCGUAAUGCUGGUUCAACCUGAGGAACAUUGAAACUAUUUUACAGGGAGAACGAGAAGUUUGUUUGUAAGAUGUGCCAUGAAUGUGCCUAUGUUUUGCUUUUGUGUGAAUGGCCACUUCUUUACAGUAUUCAUUUGAAGGGUGAUGACAGGUUAUAGUUUCGGCAACAUGAAUAUUAUGCCAUCAUUUACUCAUCGUACUGUUUCAAACUGAUACGACUGACUUUUUAAGACAUUUAGUAGAAUGUUCAUGGUGCUCUUUUCUUACAGUAAAAAUAAAUGGUUACCAAGGACUGCAAAGCCCUAAAAAAGGACAAAAAUAUGUGUAUACCCUUGUGAAAGAGAAGUACACUUUAGCAUACUUUAAAAAAGAACUUACUAUGGAAAUAAUAUACUGUAUAUACUUUAAAAGAAUACUUAAGUGCAAACUAACUGUAAUGGACACAUAUGUUCUUUGCAAUGAAAUAAAAUGUGUUUUAGUUUAAAUUUAUAUUAAAUCUAUUUAAAUUUAAGAGGGUUUCUUGACCCACUUAAGUAGUACAUCUUUAUAUGUAAUUUCAGAAUUCUGUUUUCUUUGAAAUAUGGUUAAAGUGUACUGUUGAAAAUACUGACAAGCAUUUAUGGUAAACUAAAAUAUACUUUAGCAUCAUUUCUUUUGAAACUUGUUUGUCAUGUAUAUCAAUAUAUUUGUAAUUACACAUUUGUAAUGAUAAAGUUGCAAUUAAAACAUAUUAACUUUAAAUGUAAUUUUAAAGAAAAUCAAAUAUUUUAAAAUGUACUUUUACAAUUACAAUUAAGCACAUUUCUUUUUCACAAGGGUAUACAAAGUCUUCCAUACAAUAUGAAAUUUAAGUCAUUGCUCACUGAUUAUCUGCUGCAACUCUCAAAUCUCACUUCAUAUUUGUGUAUCAAGUUUUAUAUCAAUGAUGGAAGAAAAAAUAAGUCAUACAGUUUUACUUGACAGUGAGUAAAUGAAGACAGAAUAUACAUUGUUGGAUAAGCAAAUCAUUUUAACAUAAUUUUUGGUUUUAUGAAACAUUAUUUAUAAUAAUCAGGUUUGUGCACCUUAGAAUUAAUGCGGAUUGCACGGUUGUGGUUAGAUUAGGUAACGUUUUCACUAUUCCUGCUGAAGAAGAAAUAAAUAAUUCAUAGCCUGUCACAAAACUGAUAUCUUGACAGCACAAUUUUCGGUUACAUGUUCUCUUGUGUGGGCAAUCACGUAACCUCUCUGCACGCCUCUCAGCAAGAUACUGACACAAUGAAACAAAACAAUUAUGUUCUGACUCUUCAAUAUAUCUAAAAAAAAAACAUAUUUCUGUUUAACCACAUAUUUGAUUAUAACUGACAUUGGCACUGCCAUGGGAAAGAAAUCGGCGAGAAAGGUCAACACUAAAUGGUUAGAUCCCAUAAUUUUCUACUUGCACUAAUAUGCAAAAAUAUGUUCUAGUGCAAGCUACCACCAUAAGGGGGAUUAUGUUAUCAAUAAUGUACUAAGAUUGCCUUAGCUUCUUUAAACUAUGAGACUCGAGUAUGAUCAAGUCCUUCAAUAUACUUUUGGUGUCUUCAGCAAAUCUUUUACAUUUUGUAAUUCUGUUUUGCCUCCAAAAUCCAUGUUCCUAAUAAUGUAUUAUGUCCGGGCCGCAAUCCAAUGUAAUGUCAAUCCAGCUUGAUAUCCUGCUAACAUAUUUAUUAUUACUGAGAGCGAGAACCCUUCUGCUGAUAUAUGACAUGCAAUUUUUUUUGUAAGUUCUUUUUUCUAUUUUUAGAAAUAUUUAGUUGAGAGAUCCACUGUAGAGACUGUUUUAUUUUUAAAAUGCUUUUCUGUCCUUGCCCUGUAUAUAUAUAUAUAUAUCUGUAGAUAAUAUUUUUUGUAAGUUUUUCUUUUUGCAUUUCAUUCUGCCUGAAAAAUUGCUUAUGCUAAAGACUCAGGAGGUUUUGUUACAGAACAUUCUGUGCAAAAUGUUCGUCCUUGUAUCUUCAGACCUGAAAAAAUGUUUACUCCCACAUUUGCUAUGUUUUGCUAUAUUUGUCAUGCACAAUACAAUGAAAUGUUGACUAUUACAACACAUUUUGCUACAAUGAACCUAAAAGAUUUCAGUGUUCACCACAGAAACACACAGGGCAAUAAAAAUGACUUUUAAAUAAGUUAUCGAAACAUUUUUCAGUUUAUAGAAACAUUUUGGCUCUAUAUAGUAGAGAUUUUUUUUCAUUAUUAGCAUUUAGCAGUUUGUGAUACCAGCACAACUUGGAAGUAUGCAUCAGAAAUCCAGGUAAACUGCUUCCAGUAAAGGAGUUGUGGAUAAAGAUUUUUCCUUAGUAAUAAGCUGACACACGUUCUUAAGGAGAGUGCCUUAUGACCUUUGACCUUGUACCUUGCAUCUCCACAAUGCAGCGGCACACCAAUUAAAAGACACACAGUGGUUUUGAGGGCACAACCUCUACAAUUAGAGCCAGUGUUAAAGCACAUCCUGAUGGGCCUGAACACGUCUCACUUGACUGGGAAGAACCAAAACAUGUAUAAGAGAGUCAGCAGAUCAGGAUCACUACAUACAAAACACACUGGCCAAGACUCAGUGAAGUAGACAGCAAA